AGUGAGAUAAAUCUCGAAUAGCGGACUGUACUGGAGUCUAUCAAUCUUUGGCAAUAGAUUUGAACAUUUCUUACAGAAUAAAUCAACUAAGUUUCGUUUUUCUCUGAUGCUGAUAAGAAAUAUUAAUCCCAUAUUAAUCGCAUAUGAAUUGAAUGCUUCAUUUAAUGUGUUGUUUUUAUAGUGAAUUUCGAUAUAUAUGGAUUGACAUGUGGAGGUUCUUUAACACGUUCGCGCGAGAUGGCUAAAAAGUCGCGCUUCAACCUUUGGUGCACGGACAGCUCCUCUCUAUGCUGCCAGGUUGGUCUUUGUCGCAGUGCCAUGCACACCCACCCUCUUCUAUUCUUUCGGUGUAAGUAGCCUACCCUACAGUGUGCAUUGUUUGGAAGUGCACUAUAUUGUAAAUGCAUGAACUCAUAUUUCUUAAAGAGAUAUUUUGACAACAGUCAGUUUGGACAACUGUGGAAUAUCGUGGCAGACUUGUCAGGACUAGGAAUUGAGCCGUCAUUGACCACGACCACUUGAGAGUAAACGCUUUUGUUCAUGUUUUUGAGAGAUGGAAACAUAAGCACUGUGUCAAACAGUUCAGAAAAAAAGCCCAAAUUUGGAAGGACUGAAUUCGUGGGAUUUGAGUCGACUAAUCGGACUUAUUUGGAAUUAUUUAAUUGUUCAAUUGUGUUGUGCCAAACUAAUCGGGAUGUCGGAUGACAGGAUGUCAUCGGCGACUCCAAUGUUCCCAGUAGUGAACUCCUCUUUUAACUCCUCCCUCCCUCCAUCAUUCAUGGACUGGGAGGCUCCCACCUUCACCGCCGCUGCCCGCGUCCGCGUGGCCGCCACCAUGGUCCUCUUUGUGUUCGCUGCCUUCUCCAACCUCUCUGUGCUGUUCAGCGUGGCACGGGGCCGCGGGCGCCGCCUGGCUGCCCAUCUCCGUCCACUCAUUGCCAGCCUGGCCUCUGCAGACCUGGUGAUGACGUUCGUUGUGAUGCCGCUGGAUGCGGCGUGGAACGUCACCGUACAGUGGUAUGCCGGUGAUGCCAUGUGCAAGCUGCUGUGCUUCCUCAAGCUGUUUGCCAUGCACUCGUCUGCCUUCAUCCUGGUGGUGGUCAGCCUGGAUCGCCACCAUGCUAUUCUGCAUCCCCUGGAUGCGCUGGACGCCGGACGCAGGAACAAGAGGAUGCUGCUGGUUGCCUGGGUCCUCAGCUUGCUCCUGGCCUCCCCACAGCUGUUCAUCUUUCGAGCAAUCAAAGCAGAGGGAGUGGAAUUCACUCAGUGUGUGACGCAUGGAAGCUUCCACCAUCGCUGGCAAGAGACGGCCUACAACAUGUUUCACUUUGUCACACUUUAUGUGGUCCCCCUGUUAGUAAUGAGCUUCUGCUACACCCGCAUCCUCAUCGAGAUCAGCCGUCAGAUGCACAAAGGCAAAGGUGGGGCGCCAUGCCUGAGGCGAAGUGGCACAGACAUGAUCCCCAAGGCCCGAAUGAAGACCCUGAAGAUGACCAUCGUGAUCGUGGCUUCCUUCGUGAUCUGCUGGACGCCCUACUACCUCCUGGGUAUCUGGUACUGGUUCCAGCCGGCCAUGCUUCAGGAGACGCCCGAGUAUGUCCACCACGCCCUUUUCGUCUUCGGCAACCUCAACACAUGCUGCGACCCAGUGAUAUACGGCUUUUUCACGCCCUCCUUCCGGGCCGAUCUGGCUGAUGUGGUCCACUGCUGCUGCCGCUGCCGAUCGCAGAACAUCUCCCCAAGGUCCCUGGACCGCCUGGCGUGUCGGAGGGUCAGGGCAAGCGGUGAGGCAGAGUCUGAUAACCCCAGUGGCGACCAGCCAAGUGGAAACCUGGGGUAGAUAUUGGUGGGCCUCUUGUUUA